AUAGAAUAUGAAUCAUACAUCAUAUUCUCAUGGUAUCUUCAUCUACAGGUUGGAUUCUCACAUUCUAAUAUCCUUCGGACCAUAAUCCGACGUGCUUGCUCACGGUUUCCAAAUCUCUGGAGAUACAAUAUUGUGUCUACCUCUUUUGGAAGAUCAAUAUCUUCCCAGGUUAAUGAAACUUUUCCAAAACAUCAAGAUGUGCGGAAGAUCUUUGUUAUUUUUGGUGGAGAUACUUCGGAACGGCAAGUAUCACUCAUGAGUGGAACAAAUGUCUGGCUUAACCUGAAUGCAUUUGAUGAUCUUGAUGUAAUACCAUGUUUGCUUGCCCCUACAAGUGGUAAUUCAUCCCAUCUGAAUUCUGACAAGACAGAAUCGGAAGCAAGCUCCAGGAUAGUUUGGUCACUACCUUAUUCGGUUGUCCUUAGACAUACUACAGAAGAAGUUCUUGAUGCUUGUAUUGAAGCAAUUGAACCUGUCCGGGCAGCAUUGACAUCUCACUUGCGGAGCCAAGUAAUGGAAAGCAUAAUGAAAGGCUUGAAGAAACAUGAUUGGUUCAGAGGGUUUGAUAUAUCUGAUGAGUUACCCAAGAGAUAUACACUGGACCAGUGGAUCAAGCAAGCUAAGAAAGUUGAGGCUACAGUUUUUAUUGCAGUGCAUGGAGGGAUAGGUGAAGACGGCACACUCCAGUCAUUGUUGGAGGCUGAAGGAGUCUCUUAUACAGGCACUGGCAUCGAGGCUUCCAAGAUAUGUAUGGAUAAAGUUGCUACAUCCCUUGCUCUCCAACAUCUUGCAGACCAUGGAGUCCUUACAAUAAAGAAAGACGUCCGGAGAAAAGAGGAUUUACUGAAAAUUCCUCUACAUGACAUUUGGCAUGACUUGACGUCAAAGCUUCAGUGUGAAACAUUAUGUAUUAAACCCGCUAGAGAUGGUUGCUCGACUGGAGUUGCAAGAUUAUGUUGUGAUAAGGAUCUCAUGGUAUACAUAAAAGCACUGGAGAGCUCUCUUCCUCGAAUUCCUCCUUAUAGUUUCUCGAAGGCUCAUGGAAUGAUUGAGAUGCCAAUCCCACCUCCAGAACUCUUAAUCUUUGAACCUUUUAUAGAAACCGACUACAUAGUUGUUUCAUCCCAAUCAAGUGAUGAAAAUGCUUAUAAUCUUCUAUGGAAAGGAAACAGCAGAUGGGUAGAAGUAACAGUUGGCAUUGUAGGAAAACGUGGAUCGAUGCAUUCAUUGACUCCUAGCAUUACCGUGAAAGAAACUGGAGAUAUAUUGUCACUCGAGGAAAAAUUUCAAGGUGGAACUGGCAUCAAUUUGACUCCGCCACCCAUCUCUAUAAUAAGCGAUGGUGCCCUGGAGAAAUGUAGACAGCGAAUUGAACUAAUAGCAAACACCCUACACUUGGAAGGAUUUUCGCGUAUUGAUGCAUUCGUUAAUGUUGACAGUGGCGAGGUGUUGAUCAUCGAAGUAAAUACCAUUCCUGGGAUGACGCCUUCCACUGUCUUAAUUCAUCAGGCACUGGUAGAGCAACCUCCCAUGUAUCCUCAACGGUUCUUCCGCACACUGCUUGACUUGGCCUCGGAGAGGUCUGUGUAAAUUGUUGUGUUACAGUUAUUAUUUUUCCUUUUCGAACAUUGUUUUGAAUCACGUUAUAAACUUCUUCCAAUUAAAAUUUUAUGCUUUCAAAAAUUUUAUUACAUUUUAUCUUUUCAGUUCUAUCAAAAAUGACUAUACAUACCAACUAUAGAGGGCAAAGAACGCCUGGAAUAUGUCUUGAUUUCUUAAUUUCUAGCAGUAAAACGAAAUUUCUGGUUUUA